CCUCCCAAGCCCAUCUUUCCAACCACCCGCUCAUCCCCGCUUCCUCCCGGGAUCUGAUAAUAAAAUGUCUGAUCAUGGCAGUGACACCUUAGCCCCUGGAGGCCAAGCCGAAAUGACAGAGACGCCCAGCGAUGAUUCCUUACCGGCUGAUGCUGAAGGGUACUGUGAGUCAGCUAUGAUGUUGAAUGAGCCAACGGCAGCCGACCCCACAGCAGAUGUGUGUGACCAUGCAGCUGUGGAGAGUGCAGAGACUGCUGACACGGGUCACCCUGAGCAGCCCGGAGAGUCCCCCUUCCACGGAGAGGUGACUGAAGACACGCUUGCCGAGUGCAUCGACUCUGUCAGCCUUGAGGCAGAACCUGGAUCCGAAAUUCCCCUGAAGGAACAGAAUCAUCCGGCUGCGGAGUCCGCUCUCAGUGGAGGAAGGUGGGCAGGAUGGGGAACCUGGGGCAAAUCUCUGCUCUCAUCGGCGUCUGCCACAGUAGGCCAGGGGUUCACAGCAGUCAAGGAAAAAGCAGGGGCCACCCUUCGGAUUCAUGGAGCCCCUUCCGGAACAGCUGAUGGCGUCCAGCCUGAGACUGAAAAUGAAGCCUCUCCAAUAGCUGGUGCUGUCACCGACCAGAGCCCUGUGGACAGUCCGCCCACCUCUCCAUCGUCGGGGUCUCGGGGCAUGCUGUCAGCCAUCACCAACGCCAUGCAAAACACAGGUAAGAGCGUCCUGACAGGGGGUCUUGACGCUCUGGAAUUUAUCGGCAAGAAGACGAUGAACGUGCUGGCUGAAAACGACCCCGGCUUCAAGCGGACAAAGACCCUCAUGGAGAGAACUGUUUCGUUAUCUCAGAUGUUGAGGGAAGCCAAAGAGAAAGAGAAGCAGAGACUGGCCCAGCAGCUCACGGCCGAGAGGACUGUCCACUACGGGAUGCUGUUUGAUGAAUAUCAAGGCUUGUCACACCUGGAAGCCUUGGAAAUUCUGUCCAAUGAAAGUGAAAACCAGGUUCGCGCGUUUUUAGAAUCGCUUGAUGGAGAGCAGCUGGAAACCUUGAAAAGUGACCUGGUUUUCAUUAAAGACAUCUUUGCAGCCAAAGAAUUAGAGAACGAAGAGGCUCCUGAACAAGGCUUAGAAGAAAGGGGAGAAGAAUUUGCUCGCAUGCUCACGGACCUUCUCUUUGAAAUCCAUGUCGCGGCCACACCUGACAAACUCAAUAAGGCCAUGAAGAAAGCGCACGACUGGGUGGAAGAAGAUCAAACUGUGGUGUCGGUCGAUGUGGCCAAAGAGCCAGAGGAAGAAAGCAGAGAGGAAGAGGACGAGAAGGCCGAAAACCCUGACGCCGACGCAAAGGGAGAAAGGAAGAGGAAGGGCGUAGAGGAUGUGUACAUGCUUUGCAUCCAGAGUCUGGCAGAAGUAACGGCACGCUGCAUCGAGCAGCUUCAUAAAGUAGCUGAAUUAAUUCUUCACGGACAAGAAGAGGAAAAACCAGCUCAGGACCAAGCGAAAGUUCUGAUCAAAUUAACUACUGCCAUGUGCAAUGAAGUGGCCUCUUUAUCAAAGAAGUUUACAAAUUCUUUAACCACUGUUGGGAGCACCCAGAAGGCGGAGGUCCUUAACCCCCUGAUCAAUAGCGUAUUGUUAGAGGGUUCAAACAGCACCGCGUACAUCCAGGACGCCUUCCAGCUGCUGCUGCCCGUCCUGCAGGCCUCCCAUAUCCAGGCCACUUGUUCGAAGCCACAACCGUGACCACACCUGACGCCACCUGGCUAAAGGAAUGGAGGCUCCAGCCACACCCAUGCCCGCCGUUUGAGGGGGGUGGGGGAGCUUCAGGCCAGAGGCCCGUUUGAGAACACCACAGGCAGUUUUGCACAAUGGGAUUGAAAGCAGGUGGAAAGAGCGUUGUCGUGCCUCUUAAUGUCCAUGGUUUUCACCUGUAAUUGUAUUUCUUGAUGUUAAUUUAAACAUACACGGCUUGUA